GUAAUCGGGGGGUGAGUAUCCCUCCCCAAGGUCCUCGGGGUGAAGCUCUGCGCAUGCGCACCCGCGCCCUCUUGUCCGCCAUAUCUACUCAUCCGCGUUCAGUUCAUCUCCAAAGUUCGUUCGAGUUUCAUCAGACCUAUCACAAGCCACCGAACUAAAAUGGUUGACGCAGCUGUACUGGAAAAGCUCGAAGCUGGAUUCAAGAAGCUCGAAUCUUCCGAUUCCAAGUCCCUGCUGAAGAAGUACCUCACCAGGGAUGUGUUCGACAAGCUGAAGAACUUGAAGACCCCAACUUUUGGCUCAACCCUCCUCGACUGCAUCCAGUCAGGUAUUGAAAACUUGGACUCUGGCGUUGGUAUCUAUGCACCAGAUGCUGAAGCUUACUCCGUGUUCUCCGAACUGUUUGACCCAAUCAUUGAGGACUACCACAAGGGGUUCAAGAAGUCUGACUCCCAUCCUCCCAAGGAAUGGGGUGAUGUCGAGACCUUUGGAAACCUCGACCCUACUGGUGAGUUCAUCAUCUCUACAAGAGUCCGGUGCGGAAGGUCGAUGGAAGGCUACCCCUUCAACCCCUGCCUUACCGAGGGCCAGUACAAGGAGAUGGAGGACAAAGUAUCCUCCACCCUGACCUGCCUCACCGACGAGCUCAAGGGCACCUACUACCCCCUGACUGGUAUGUCAAAGGAGACUCAGCAGAAGCUCAUCGAUGACCACUUCCUCUUCAAGGAGGGUGACAGGUUCCUUCAGGCCGCUAACGCCUGCAGAUUCUGGCCGACCGGGCGUGGUAUCUACCACAACGACAACAAGACCUUCUUAGUCUGGUGCAAUGAGGAGGAUCACCUUCGACUCAUCUCCAUGCAAAUGGGUGGUGAUCUUGGACAGGUUUACAGACGCCUGGUCUCUGCUGUAAAUGAAAUCGAGAAGAAGGUCCCCUUCUCUCAUCACGAUAGAUUAGGUUUCCUCACCUUCUGCCCGACCAACCUCGGUACCACCGUCAGGGCCUCUGUACACAUCAAAGUUCCUAAGCUCGCUGCCAACAAGGAAAAGCUUGAAGAAGUCGCAGCUCGCUAUAACCUCCAAGUCCGUGGUACUAGAGGAGAGCAUACCGAAGCUGAGGGUGGUGUUUACGACAUCUCCAACAAGAGGAGGAUGGGCUUGACUGAGUUUCAGGCUGUGAAAGAAAUGAAUGACGGAAUUGCUGAAAUCAUUAAGAUUGAAAAGGAACUUUAACUGCCAUUUAUUGAUAAAGUUCCCCUCGAUGGCUAUACACAAGGCAGGCACGUUCGAUAAGGUGCAGCACCACAUUUCAUCCCCUACCCUCCCUUCUCACUUUGAAACUCACGAAUAACUUAUUCCCUGUUUAGUGUUGAUAAGUUGAUUCGUUUCAAAAUAGUUGUAUUUAAAAAAUAAAUAAAUGUUAUUUAUUAGAAAACCUAUAUCGCCUCUGUAUUCAUGUUAAUUAUAUUUAUUAGUUGCCGCACUAGUCAUAGGUAAUGUUUAAAAAAAAAAAAAAAGCAGAUGGUCUACUGUUAAUGUAACUAGUGUCGUCUAUGUUGUACAUUUUGUGACAACAUAGAAUGUACAAAUAAAAAAAUAAUUUUAAUAUAAUUAAUUAUUAUCAUUACAUAAAUAUAUAUAUAAUAUAUAUAUAAAUGUGCUAAAUAUACAGCAACAUAUUUGC